GAUUUCUGAGAGUUGAGUUGGGAUUCUUUUGAAAGCUCAGGUGUUGAUCGUGUUCCCGGCGUUGUAAACAUCUUUGUGGUCGUUUCUUCUGGAGGUGCUCUGAGGAUUUUUACGUGAGGUUUGAGGAGGAAUCAGGAGAUCUCUCACCUGGACGCUAAGGAUGGACUUCACUUACUUCUGGCUCCUCGCUACGACUCUGACGCUGAUCCAUCAGCAUCAAGCUUCUACUGUCUCAGUCAUGAGCCCCAAAGCGGAGGAGGGCCCCCUGGCACAGCUCCCCUACACAGCCCACCGGCGUGAGAAACGGUGCUCCUGUGAGAACCAGAAGGACAAGGAGUGCAUUUUUUUCUGCCACAUCGGGAUCGUCUGGGUUAACACCCCGAGCCACGUGGUUCCUUAUGGAUUCGGUUCGGUUCGGCUCAGGAGGGAUCUCGGACGUUGCUUCUGCACGGACACGCAGGACAACGAGUGUCUGAGCUUCUGCACGGCCCACACACAGACAGAAACUGGCGGCGCUGCGGUGAACAGGAACUCUGACAAACGGUUGAAGGGAAACCGGGAUGCCUUGUGGGAAAAAAGAAGCCGACACGCGCUCAAACAGAAGACCUGA